UACUGACUCUUUCAAGUACACAAUUACACCUCCGCUAUUUUCGUUUCGUUAUCCAAUAGGAUGAAAGCAAACGCUUUAAAUACAACUGUGGGUGAGAAGAAGGCAUAUCAGUUGGAGUCCCAUUCGCAGGAAGGAGAAAUGAUCAAAUUUUGUGAGUAUGGAGACAGACACUGAUAUAGCUGUCAUUGGAAUUGGGUGUCGGUUUCCUGGUGCGGAUAAUAUAGAUGAAUUCUGGAGAGUGCUAGUUAAUGGAGAAAAUCAUGUCGUGGAUAUACCACCCGAACGAUGGAACAAUGCUGCCUUUUAUAGCGAUAACCCGGACGAACCGGGAAAAUAUUAUGGAAAGAAAGCUGGAUUCCUUAAUAGGCAUGACGAAUGGGACAACAGUUUGUUUGGUAUCAGCGAUACUGAAGCAGUGCGCAUUGACCCUCAACAUCGGUAUGUCUUGGAGUGUACACAUAUGGCGAUGGAAGACGGUGGUAUCACCAGGAAACACAUAUCAGGAACAAAAACUGGAGUUUACAUUGGUGCUAUGAAUGAUGACUAUAAAAGUUUGUCAAAUCUGGACCAUGAUGAAGAUACAAACUACACUGCCACCGGGAUGAGCACUACAAUUAUAGCAUCACGUGUGUCUUAUGUUUAUAAUCUUCGCGGUCCAUGCAUGGUGGUUGAUACAGCGUGUUCUUCUUCCAUCACGGCUAUAAAUCUUGCAAGUGAAGCUAUCAGAUCAGGUGAUUGUGAUAUGGCUAUUUGUGGUGGUGUGAAUAGUUUACUUUGUCCGGAUGUAUUCAUUACACUCAGUCGUGCCAAGAUCUUGUCACAAACCGGCCAGUGCCAGACGUUUUGUGACUCAGCUGAUGGUUACGCCCGAGCUGAAGGGUGUGGUAUUGUCAUCAUUAAGUCACUUAAAAAGGCACUACAAGAUAAAAACAAAAUCUGGGGAGUUGUAAGAACCGGAAUAAACCAGGACGGACGUUCUGUUCAACCAAUAACUACACCAUCUGGCGAACAACACGAAGAACUAUUCAAACAAGUAUACUCUCGCUAUGACGUUAAUCCAACAGAUCUUCAGUACAUUGAAGCGCAUGGAACAGGAACUCGGGUCGGGGAUCCAACAGAGGUAAACGCUCUGGGGAGAUUCAUCAGCAAGUACAGGAAUGAGUCAAAGAUCGCAAAUCUGAAGAAAGAUGAUGAUGAUGAUGAUGAUGAUGCUGAUGAAAUAAAUAGUCCCGGGCAAAAAGGUAUCGUCUUCAAAAAGAGAUUAAACAAAGAAAUAAAACAGAAUAGUCAUGGAACUGACAAUAAUGCAGACCCAUAUAAGGAAAGGGAGAAAAUUCUUAUCGGUUCAGUGAAAACAAAUAUCGGACAUGCGGAAGCCGCAGCUGGAAUGUCUGGACUGAUCAAAGUACUACUAAUGAUGAAAAAUGGAAGCUAUGUACCAAGUAUACAUAUACGGAGAGACAAAUCAAAUCUUAACAAGAACAUUAAGCUUGAAGAAUACGGAUUUGAUAUUGCUAUGGAAACUGACGAAUGGAGAACAAACGAACUUGGGGAGAGGAUAUGCUGCGUCAACUCGUUUGGAUUUGGAGGGUCCAACAGUCAUGCAAUAGUCAUCCAGAUACCAGAACACAGAUCAAAAAGCCCAAAUACCACAGAAAGUAAUCUAUGGUUUCCGGUUUGUGUAUCAGCUCCAAAAACAGACUGCUUAAAAUCCGUGUUGGAAUCUUUGAGCACACACCUGGACACUAAAAUUUGCAAUUUACAAGACGUAUCAUUUACGUCAGUAUUUCACCGUGAUCACUACAGCAGCAGAACAUUACUAUUUGGCACCAGUAAAGAGGAAAUCACACAACAACUGAGACUCAAAUUAUCGAACAUGGAUCAAAUUCAAACUCAACAGAAAUUUCGGACAAUCUUUGUAUUUUGUGGAGUAGGUACAACAUGGAGUGGUAUGUGUAGAGAAAUGACAGCAACACAACCAGUCUUCAAAGAGAAGCUGAUGAACAUUGACCAGCAUCUCAAACUAAUAGCUGGAUGGAGCAUUGUUGCAAGGAUUGAGGCGCAAGACUAUUCUGAUCCUGUUGUAAACCAUAUCGCCAUAUUUUGCACGCAAGUAGCUUUGUAUGAAUUAUGGAAGAGUUGGGGGAUCUACGCAGACGCUAUUGUUGGGCAAUCUGUGGGGGAGGUAGCUGCCGCCUAUGCGUCUGGAGCUCUUUGUCUUCAAGAUGCUGUUUCUGUUAUAUACUACAGAUCAAAAGAGUUAGCUGAAAAUUUGGGAGGAGUGAUGGUAGUUGUUGGAAACAUUCCCAUUCAAGAUGUAGUAAAAAUGUGUGAUCAAUACGCACGACGUGUAACUAUUGCUGUGUAUAACAGUCCAUAUUCAUGUACGCUUUCAGGUGAUGCUGAUGUGAUGGACAAAAUUGUAGAUCAGAUUGAAGUCCUGAACCGUGAGUGUUCUUCAAAUAUUUUGAUCAAGCGGCUUUCCGUACCAUGUGCGUAUCACAGUCACUACGUAGAAGCAAGUAUGGUUAGGAUAAGAAGUCAUUUGAAGGCUAUCCGAAAAGGAACGAGGGAAAUCGAUCAUUAUUCAACUGUUACUGGACAACUUGCUACCGCUGAUGAAUUUCAGACAGGGCAGUAUUGGGCGGACAAUGUGUAUAAGCCGGUUCGUUUCAUGGAAGCUAUAGAGGCUGCGGCACAAAAAGAUGUGACAAAUGUUUAUGUAGAGGUUGGACCAAGACCGGUGCUGAAAGCUCAUUUAAAAAACAUUCUUGGAGACAAGUUCAGAGCUGUUAGUCUUCCUUCAAUGAAUAUGGAAAAAGAAAAUAUGACUGCCUUCUCCUCACUUGGUUUACUAUAUGAGCUUGGUGCUGAUAUCAAAUGGGAAAACCUAAAUAUCAGUGGUACAUCAAUCGAUGUGCCACGAUACACAUUCAGUAAAUCAAAAUUGCUUUUUAUUCCAUUUCAAAAACAACAGGUUAUGAGAGGCGUCCCAACAAGCAAUUACAUGCAUAUGUAUGUUAGAGACACUGGUAGCCAACGGGAAACAUUUCAGAUAAAACUGGACAGGGAAACGACACCCUUUGUGUUCGAUCAUUACUUCCUAAACAGUCUGAUUGUACCCGGGGCUAUAUUCGUUGAAGCAGCAUUUGACAUUGGUCAAAAGAAGACGGAACUAAGCGUUUAUGAGCUUAGCAUCUCGAGUGAGUUCUGUCAUCGCUUAAGUCUCGAAAACGACGAGCAGCUCUUGGUAGAAGCGGAAGUGACUUCUGGUACUGACAGAAAUGGAUAUCAUUAUGUCUUCAAAGAUAAAAGGGAGACAAUAUGUCAAGGACAUAUAUUUCCGCGCACAAAUCAUACUAGGUCAGAGAUUGAUCUAGCACCAAUCAUUUCAAGAUGCAAGGUUUAUAGAAACAAUGUUGAAAGCUAUAAAUGCUUAGGACAACUUGGCCUUAGAUAUGGCGAGUCCCUAGCACUCAUUCAACAAUCAUGGACGUCUUCUAAGGAAUGCAUUGCUGAGAUACUUGUUCCGAAAACCGUUCAAAAGCAGAUCAAAAUGACCCACUUUCAUCCUUCAAUUAUAGAUGCUUUAUUUCAAGCAUUUGGUAUUUUGCACGUGACCACAACGGAGAUAGAAGGUAUUACAUUGCCUAAAGCCUUCCGUUCGUUGGUAAUAUACAUGCCCCCACAGGAAAGAAUGUAUGCGUAUUGUCAAAGGAUUGAAGAAACACCACUGACCAAACAUUACAAUUUACUUCUGCUGUCUACAACUGGUAUCACCAUUGCAGAAAUCAAAGGCUUUUACCCAAAUACGACAAAAGCGCCAGGUACGUUGGAUGAUAGCAUUGUUUAUAAUCUUCGGUGGAAAAAAAUUAGAGUACCUGACAAAAUUGAGAGACCUGGUAACGACAAUACAAACGGACUUCUCGUGUUUGCAUCGAAGCAUUUCAUAGAUAAUUUCAAUUCCCCUGGUGACACAUUAGUCAGUGGCAAAGUCAUCCUUGACAACACAAUAGAUGAUGCAUCUGUCUUCAGAAAAGCUCUCAUGAGUGUUUCUACAACAAGCAGAAUCAUUUUUGCGCCGUUUCAUCACAUCGCAAAUACCAGCAGCGACAACAUGGAAGUGUUUCUUCGAUCUAAGACAAAUUUUCAAAAUUUAGCGCUUCUCAUACAAGUUUUGAAAGAAGCGAACACAUCAGUACCAGUGUUUGUUGUGACAGAAGGAGUUAUGGCCGACCCGGAUUUGAAAAUCAGCUCUUCCAACAUUUGUGGAGCGGAGCUCUGGGGAUUGGUAAGAUCUGUACUUAGGGAACAUUCCUUCAUUGAUGUAAGACUCGUUGAUAUGACAAUAUCAGAUAUCAAUUUCACCGUUUUAUAUGAUGUCCUUUGGUCAGAUAAUGUCGAUUUCCAUGAAUAUCUCAUUCACAAUGGUAAACUUUUUCACAGUGACCUUGUUGACGUGCUCAAUACUGUACCAAGUAAGCGCAGGAUAACAUUUGAUCCCGCUGAAACCAUGAUCGUGAAGUCUGACUGUCCUAGCAUCGUGACAAAUGUUCACCUGGAACACAAGCAUAAAGAAACGGACAUGCUCAAAGCGGAAAGUCAACAAAAUCGUCAAAAUUAUCGCGAUAUUCUUGUUCAUUUUGUUUGUAUUCAUAACACUGACUUGUAUCCAAUUUCGACAGUUUUGGACAGCAGUGGAUCAUCCAUCUGGCCAGAAAGCAACGAGUUUGGGUUUCCAGUUUUAUGUCUUGAAGGUGUCGGCACAAUGGUCGAUCGAUCCUUUAAAUCUGAACCACACAUGUCUAAACCAAAGGUUGGGUUUUGCUUUCCGACAGAUGUCACUACUACUGUUUCAGUUCCUAGCAAUUGUACAUUUGACGUUGCAGAACCGUCAAUAUACGUGCCCGGUAUGAUGACACUUGGUGUAAUCGUCUGGAGUAUAGCAGAUAUUUGCAAUACGUCUUCCAGCAUUUGUGUUAUUUUAGAUGAAGAGUUGCAAUUCUGCACAGAUGCCAUUACAGAAAUCUUUAAAAGACAAGGGAAAAUUGUGCAAAUUGAUGACAUGAAAAGUUUAUCAGAAAAAUGCUCGGUACAAGCGGUUGCUCCAAGAACCCUAGUUAUCCUCGGAAAAAUUGUGGACCACAAUGCAUGUGCCGAUAUCAUACCUGUAAGAUAUCCAAAUGUGAUCAGUAUUAUCAGUAUUGAAGCAUAUUUUCCAAGGGCAGUUGAAAGGGCCACGAAACAUCAGUACAAGAGUUUAUCUAUCCAUGUCCUGAAAGCAGAAGAUUUCUUUACCUCAUCUCGACUGACAAAAAUUGUACCGGAGCUUAACAAAAUGUUCAGAUCAAGUACCUUGUCGAUGACCAUAGAGCAGAUCGCUUGCCUUAGUAAUCAUGACAGCAAGGCACAUGAAGUGCUGAAAUUACCUUUCCCGAUCCUGCUAGUUACUGAUGAGAAACUGUUGGAGUGCAAAAUUCCUGUAAUGGUAACAAAAGAAGAAUUAUUCAGGCGAAACGGAUGCUAUAUUUUAAUCGCCGGUCUGACUGGGUUAGGAUGGGACCUUCUCCAGCUGAUAGCAGAACUUGGUGCUGGCUGUGUUGCAACUAUAUCAAGAAAGGUUCCAUCAUCGCAAAAAAAACAAGAUAUUGAAGACGUACAAAACAGAUAUAGUUGUAAAGUUAUUUCUCUUCAAGCUGAUAUUUCAGACAUUCGUCAACUGGAAGAUGCGUUAAAAGAGCUUCAAGUGCAAAUCGACGGUGAUUUCCAGAUAAGAGGUGUUUUCCAUGGCGGAGCCGUUACACGUGAUAUGUUGUUAGAAGAUAUGAGCGAGGAAGAUGUUGAAAAGCCGUUGUUUCCAAAAAUUUUAGGAACCUGGAAUCUACAUCUGGCGACCAGACACAUGGCUCUUGACUUCUUUGUGAUGCAUUCUUCGAUUGUUUCAAUCUUCGGCAAUAAAGGACAAUGUAACUAUGCUGCUGGAAAUGCAUUUCAAGAUGCCGUUGCACACUACCGUCGCAGUCUUGGCUUAUGUGGUCAAAGUAUAAAUUGGAGUACAUUAGCUGUAGGAAUGGCAAUAGAAAAUAAGAAGUUAGAAGGCUAUUUGAAAAGUCAAGGUUUUCAUUUCCUUAGCUCAGCCGAUAUUAGGAAAUGCUUCAUUCGAGCUUUGAUGGAAAAUUAUCCUCAAGUAAUAUUUGGACGCUUUGACUGGAAAAGUCUUCAAGAAAAUGGAUCAAUUCAAUUUAAUUCAGCAAAAUUUGCAAGUUUUGCGAAAGUAGAAAUACAAUCGACAAAACAUUCUGGCUUGAGAGAUAAUCAGUUUUGCUUUGAGGAAUACUACGAGUCCAGUGCCGAGAAACAAAGGGAGAUAAUUGAAUGUUUAGUAAAAUUAACAAUAUCCGAAAUGCUUGUGAUUGAUAACUUCACUCUUACAAAGCACAGUAGCUUCACUGCAAUGGGUAUCGACUCAAUGACAGCAGCAAGCUUCAUUAAUUCCAUUGUGAAGGCUACUCGCGUCCGAGUACCACUUGAUCAAAUAUACAAUGACUCAACUGUUGAAACAGUUACUAAGUACAUCGUCGAACAUAUUCCCCACAACACAAAGAGUCCUGAAAACUCUAACCAUACACGGAAUAUCAACUGGCAAGAACAAUCGGGGUCGCUUACCACGAGAUCAAACCCUGAUAAUGAAACAGCCAAUACUCCGGCGAAAGGUGUCCAAAUAGAUAGCGAAAUCACAACUAAAGCAACCAUAGAUUCAGAUUUGAUGAUGGCAGGGGAAAGAAAAUUGAGAAGUCAUACAUCUGAAAAUAUUUUUUCAGACUACUUUGUCAUCCAGAACAACAUAUUUGAUAAAAAUGUACAUGUAUCACUUACCAGAGACAAUGGUUCCCUCCUCUUGCAAUGGUAUGGGAAAGCAAGAAAGCUACAGGUGUUGCACGUCAAAUUAGUGAUGGAAAUAGACCUAAAAAAUGUGCAAGGAGACUUCCAUAUUCUUCUUAAAUGCUCUGACGAGUGGAUUGGUUUGAUAACAAGUUCUGAAAAUACAGCAACUAGGUGGUUUAAAGUAUUGAAGGAAGCCAUUGAUCGCAACGUUCUCUCAGAAACGCCGGAAGAAUCAGCAACCUCUGUUUGAAAACUUUUCGUUUGAAGUGUUUGGUUAAUCGAAGCCAAAAUGUUGUUCAUUUAGACCCUUAUGUUAUGUAGCGUCAAGCUGUAGUUUACCUUACACAAAUUCGAUUUAACUCCCGUGAAUCGCUUACUUGAACUAAUACCGGAACUUGAGGAUUGCUGCACAUCUUAUUACCUCUCGUGAACGGAUCAAAUUGUGUUUGGUAUUAUUGCUGUGUUCUACGUUCCAAAGUACUGCUAAUAGAUCUGAUAAAUGUUUGCUCAUGCUUUUAAUUGUUUGAGCAGACUGUUUAACAGUAACAACAAAUCUGGUUACCCCGCCUUUUAUAACUUUACGCGUUUUUUACUACACAAACGGUCGUAAAAAAAACAGAUUUAAAAGUUAAACCUAAAUGUUAACUAUACAAGAACAAAAUGAAAAGCUGAACUAUUACUUGAGCAACAUAUCUGGAGAGACAGAUAAAAGAAUGUAUCCAAACUGAGGACAUAUGCUGAAUUUAAUUUCUUAAUCUGAGAAAAUAUAAACGCUCUAGAAUGCUCGCUCAGUCUAGGAGUUAGUGGGAUUUUGCCCAAUAGGAUCGAAACUGGACGGUACAUUGGAGAACGCCCGGAGGAUAGAUUUAAGGAAAAGUUCCAGUUUGAACCCUACUUAGUUGAUACACCUCAUAACUUACUUAUAUAUGUAAUUAAAUUUAGGAGUCCCAGUUGAAACGGGAAGUUGGAAUGAAACCGAACUUCACUUACGUAAAUGUACCCUGUAACUGUAUAGGACGUAUCAGUGAUGAAUAUCACUAUUUGUUAGAAUGUAAAGAACUGUCGGUAUUAACAAGACUUCUACAACAUUUAAGACGUCCAAACAUUAUGAUGUUUGAAUCUAUUUUGAACAUCAAAACAAAACACUUCGAUAAAUAUACACUUUUGUCUGUUUUUUAAGGAAAUUAUUAUGAAAUAUGUUUAGGAACUGUUUGCAUUAUCAUAUGCAAAUGUUUGAAUUUGUUUCAAUACACUGCCUGGUUUUAUUGAUUCAUCACUGUUACAAACGCCACCUAUUAUCUAGUUGGCCAAUUUUAUUUGACAUUUCUAAGUAGAAGUGUUAUACAUUUUCGUUUAUGAAUCAAUUCUGGACCAGUGACAGAUCAAUAAAACUAAGCAAUUGAUGUUGAUAUGUUCAUAUGAUAUGUAUGUUGACUACUAUUAUAAACGUCUUCCCCCUCCUGUGUACAAAACGAGACACACUCAUGUUUAUAUAUCUCUUAUAUAUUUCAGUAUGUGUAUAUAUGUUAUAGCUCAUAUUACCAUGUACUAUGAAAUUUGAAACUAUAUGCAUUUUAUGUGCAUAAACAUCUAUUAUCCAGAGAUAAUUUAUCAGAUCUGUUUAUUGCUCGGGCGUAAAAUAAAAUUGUUUGUUUCCGGUAUCCCGACCUACCCUAAAUUUUUGGCCCGACCCUAAAUGUUUUUAUGGCCAUGGAGAAUCUUUUUCUUCAACUUUUUAACAAAACGUUGCAAAAUUUCACUUUUUAGCUCACCAGAGCCAAAGGCUCUGGGCGAGCUAUUAGGAUCUCUCACCGUCCGGCGUCUGUUGUCCGUAAACCUUUACUUCAAACGACAUCUCCUCAUAAACUGCUAGGCAAAUUUAUCCAAACUUCACAGGAAUGUUCCUUGGGUGAAGCUCUACAAAAAUUGUUCAAAGAAUUGAAUUCCAUGCAGAACUCUGGUUGCCUUGGCAACCGAAAGGAAAAACUUGAAAAAAAUCUUCUUCUCAAAAAUCAAAGCCCUAGAGCUUAGAUAUUUGGUGUGAAUCAUUGCCUAGUGAACCUCUACCAAGUGUGUUCAAAUCAUGACCCCGGGGUCAAAAUUGACCCCGCCCCAGGGGUCACUUGAUUUUACAUAGAAAAAUCUUAAAAAAUCUUUUUCUCGAAAACCAGAUGCCCUAGACCUUAGAUAUUUGACAUGUAGCAUUGCCUAGUGGACCUCUACUAAAAUUGUUCAAAUCAUGACCCCGCCCCAAGGGUCACUUGAUUUUACAUACGAAAAUCUUCAAAAAAAUUCUAACAAAAAACCCAGAAGGCAUAGAGCUUAGAUAUUUCACAUGUAGCAUUGCCUAGUGGACCUCUACAAAAUUUGUUCAAAUCAUGACCCCGGGUUCAAAAUUGACCCCGCCCCAGGGGUCACUUGAUUUUACAUAGGAAAAUCUAAAAAAAUCUUCUUCUCAAAAACCAGAAGGCCUAGAGCUUAGAUAUUUGACAUGUAGCAUUGUCUAGUGGACCUCUACUAAAGUUGUUCAAAUCAUGACCCCGGGGUCAAAACUGACCCCGCCCUAGGGGUCACUUGAUUUUACAUAUGAAAAUCUUCAAAAAUUUUCUUAAAAUAAACCAGAAGCCCUAGAGCUUAGAUAUUUCACACGUAACAUUGCCUAGUGGACCUCUACAACACUUGUUCAAACAUGACCCCCAGGGUCAAAAUUGACCCCGCCCCAGAGGUCACUUGAUUUUACAUAUGAAAAUCUUCAAAAAAUUUCUAAAAAUAAACCAGAAGGCCUAGAUCUUAGAUAUUUGACAAGUAGCAUUGCCUAGUAGACUUCUACAAAAUUUCUUCAAAUAAUGACCCCCGAGGUCAAAUUGGCCCUGCCCCAUGGGGUUACUUGAUUGUACAUAGAAAAAUCUUCAAAAUUUCUUAAAAUAAACCAGAAGGCCUAGAGCUUAGAUAUUUGACAUGUAGCAUUGCCUAGUGGACCUCUACAAAUUUUGUUCAAAUCUUGACCCCCCCCAGGGGUUACUUGAUUGUACAUAGGGAAAUCUUCAUAAAUUUGCUUAAAAUAAACCAGAAGUCCUAGAUCUUAUAUAUGCGAUAUGUAACAUUGCCUAGUAGACUUCUACAAACUUUGUUCAAAUCAUGAUCCCCGGGGUAAAAUUGGCCCCGCCCCAGGGGUUACUUGAUUGUACAUCGGAAAAUUUUCCAAAAAAUUUCUAAAAAUCAUCAGUUUGAUAUUUGAAACAUGUAGCUCAUAUUACUCUGGUGAGCGAUCCAGGGUCAUCAUGACCCUCUUGUUAUGCUUUAAACAUGGUCAUUGAUGUUAGAAAUCAACUUACUGAUGCUCUAAAGGCAUAACCCCCUUAUCUGUGUUCAUUUUUUGACAUAAAAAAAAAAAUUCUGAAAAGUCUCAAUAAAAAAAAAUUUCCAAAAAGAAAAAAGAAAUUCCGACCUACCUACCCUAUUUUUUUAGCAUGUUACCGGAAACAAAAUUUUAGGCCUCAAUGACAAGCUAUGCUUUUCAAUGUCAUUGCUGUGUUAUAUUAUGUAUGAUAUUGAAAGUAUUGAUUAUUUCUAUUUAAUUUUUUUAUGAAAAAAAAAUGUUAUUUUUUUCAUAUGACAUAAUGCUUGUUUUCUGUAUUGACUUAAAGGUCCACUUGGCCGGAUAUGUUUAAUUGUUAAAUACUGUACAUAAUUAUGUUUAUACGUUCACACAAGUCGCGUUAAUAAACAAAUUUCUUAUCUAUCUUAUAAAUCAAUGAGCUUUAAAGUCGUUCAAACGGAUAACAAUAAAAUUCUUUACCUUUUGCAACCUAAUUUCUUUUAGAACCUGUUCAACAAAAAAAAAUCACAACUGUGUUUUGUACUUUUCAUAUUCAAAUCAUUUUACAACUGUGUUUUGUACUGAUCAUAUUCAAAUCAUUUUUGAAUUAUUUGGAUAGUCAGUUUGACGGAUAUACAGUUUCAAUUUCAUGUAUUUCAGAAAUAUAUGUGCUGUAAAUUUCUCAUGCACCUGAAAACAUAAACUAAGAUAUUACAACUCAUAAAGAGCUUUUUCUGAAUAUUUUAACAAACUUUAUGUUAAAAUUACAACUUACUCAAGGUGUAAUUUUCUCUACAGAAAAUAUUCAUGUAUCAAAUAUUUGCAAUGGAGCCUUUAUUUUGAUUAUGCUACUUGUCAUUUGGUAUAUUCAAAUGUUACAGUGCAUCUUAACCUUAUAAUUUCAUUGUUCAAAUUCAAAGAUACAGUUUCACCGUUAUGCAACUACCUUAUGCAUUUUGUACUAAUAAAAAAUGGAACAUUUUA